UCCCAGAGAGGUGAACCAACAAAUGUGGUGUCUUAUGUUCUGCAAAUGAGGGAACGUUUGCAAAGGAUGUCUGCACUGGCGCAAUCUCAUUUGGCAGAGGCUCAAACACGCCAAAAGAUGUGGUAUGAUAAGUCCUCCCGUGAGCGACAGUUUGAACCCGGUCAGAAGGUACUGGUGAUGCUACCAAGUCAGGAAAGUAAGCUGUUAGCAAAAUGGCAAGGUCCUUAUGAAGUCAGAAGGAAACUGGGUCCCACUACCUAUGAGGUGGCCCUGACUGACCAAGGUCACUCUACACGAGUCCUGCAUGUAAACCUGUUGAAGCGAUGGUUCUCUCGUCCUGAUAAGUCCACUCAAAGCUUGAUGAUUAAGCAAGUAAAGGAAGAGGAGGACUCUGAUCAGUAUUUGCCCCAAUCGGCUUCAGGAGAUGUGGAUCUGAGUCACCUGUCCCCACAGCAACGGCAGGAGGUGAGAGACCUUUGUGUACCAGAAGUAUUUUCAGAAUAUCCAGGGUUUACUACUUUAAUUGAACAUAAUAUUGUAUUGAAACCCAAUGCGGUGGUACGAAGAAUGAGUUACAGGGUUCCAGAACGUCUUCAACAGGCGCUGAAAGAGGAAGUGGAUCUGAUGCUGAGGCUGGGAAUCAUAGAGCCAUCUACAAUGACUCCUGGGAGCAACAUCUGGGGCAUAUCCGUGAAGUGUUGCAACGUCUUCAGGAGGCAGGGCUGACCGUUAAUCC